AUGGUCGAGGUGAUGACGGCGUUGCGGUGGAUCCACACAGCUACGGGCCUGUUAUUUUCUUCCCUCUUGGCCUGGAGACUCGUGCAAGAGCCGAAUUACCAGUGGCAGGUGCCCAACAUAAUCGUUGGAUUUCUUGUGGCGUCCAGGCGACUCCCGCUGUUUCUUUCUGCGGGUCUCCUGGUGUGGGCGGCAGUGUUUAUUUCGGGAGUCCCACGAACCGAUAUCGAGCCCGUCAACGUCGGAUGGAAUGUCUGUGGGAGUUCGGCCUUCUUCUCCGGUCUUCUAGGCUGUGUCAUCGCAGCCUUGUCCUCGAGACUGGGGAGGAUACUUUUUGUGGCUUUUCUCGCCUGGAGCGUUCACGCACUGUCGCGUUUCCUUCCUGUCAUCGUGGCUCAGGAGAACAUACCGCGCUUCCGCCCAGAAGCUGCCAUUCCGGAGACUCCACAGCUGCGUCUACAGCUCUGCAGCGAAAGCUCUCAGGAGGCAGAAGCCUGGCGCAAGCAAAUCGGGAUCGUUUGCGAGCCGAUAGUGCCCCUGACUUGGGAG